UGAGAGUGAGCGAGGUUGGUUCUCGUGUUUGUGACACUUUGAACGAUGAUAAUUCACUUGUGAUUCCGCGACUUAUUGUCAUAACGUAAAGGUGUUUUGUGGACUCCGGAACAGGAAAAAAACCCGCCCUCUCUGGAAUGAUUUGUGGUGUGAUAUCAGAAAGUGUGCUCAGGAAAGCGUGAGACUAUUGAGAAAGGAGGUCUAUUUGGCUAAAAAUACCCACCCACCACAGGCAAAAGUGUUUGGAGUUAGAAACUUACCUUGAGCCCCAGAAGAAGAGUGUCAAGAGAGUGAGUUUUCCUUCUCCGGACGAUGGGUUUCAUGCCAAAGAUAUCAAACCUGAAGGCGGCGAUUGCCAUCGCGCUGGUGUUUGUUGGCUGCUGCAGCAAUGUUGUGUUCCUGGAGCUCUUGGUCAAGUUUGACCCCGGUUCCGGGAAUCUCAUCACAUUCGCCCAAUUCGCCUUCAUUGCCAUCGAGGGCUUCAUCUUCACACACCGCUUCGGGACGCAGCCGGCCAGGAUUGGCUUCAAGGACUACACAAUCCUCGUGGCGAUGUUCUUCACGAGCAGCGUGUGCAACAACUACGCCUUCGAUUUCAACAUUCCCAUGCCGCUGCACAUGAUCUUCCGCGCAGGUUCGCUGAUCGCCAACAUGAUCAUGGGAAUUCUGAUCCUGAACAAAAAGUAUGACUUCUCCAAGUACUUCUCAGUCAUCCUGAUAACAUUUGGCAUCGUCAUCUGCACCAUCGUGUCAGGAUCUGAUGUGAAAGAAAGCAAAUCGGCCGCGAAAGAAGCGGAAGAGGAAGCGGAUCCCGCCACAGUCUUCUUCUGGUGGACUCUGGGAAUCACUCUGCUGACAGUGGCUCUGUUUAUCUCAGCCCGAAUGGGAAUUUACCAAGAAGUCCUGUACAAACGCUACGGCAAACACCCUCGAGAGGCUCUUUACUACACCCACCUUCUGCCCUUGCCGGGCUUCCUGCUGCUCACUGGCAACAUCUGGGAGCACUUCAAGAUCUGUGUCUCCAGUCCGCCCGUGCCCGUGCCCGUCCUCGGGAUCGGAGUGCCGAUAGUGCUGCUCUAUCUGCUGGGCAACGUCCUCACGCAGUACGUGUGCAUCAGUUCCGUGUACGUCCUCACGACGGAAUGCUCCUCUCUGACCGUGACUCUAGUGGUGACACUGCGGAAGUUCGUGUCGCUCCUCUUCUCGAUCGUCUACUUCCAGAAUCCCUUCACGAUAUACCACUGGAUUGGCACUCUGUGUGUCUUCUACGGCACCAUCGUGUUCACAGAAGUGAUUCCUAGUGUUAAGAAGUCUCUUGCCGCCCGGAAGAGUGAUGCGAAGAAAGUGGAGUAG